UUUCAGUUUAUAUCAGAGAGCCCAAUGGAGUCUUUUGAAGGACCUAGUCGGGUUAACAGGGCUAACUUAUUGCAAGUCCCCACGGGAAAUGAUUCCACUUCAGAAGAAGAAGAUGUUAAUAUUGACAUUAAACUUCGUUUCUCCCCACGUCCCCGAAGACGGAAUUCUUCAGCUUCAGAUGAAGAGGAGGCAGAUACUCCCACCAACAUCUCAAGGAAAGUUUCGUUUGCUGAUGCAUUUGGGUUUGAUCUUGUGUCUGUUAAAGAGUUCAAUAUCUGGGAAUUUCCAAAUACAGGACAAGAAAAUUAUAUAGAAGACGAAGUUUUCCCUCAGGAUGAAUAUUUUUUCUCCCAGCAGUUUACCUUACCUGCUUCUCAAGAAGAACUUUUACAAAAAGUGCGAGAGCAGAAAGUAGUGUUGGAGUCAGUCCUGCUCCUGCCUGGGGUUACCUGUAUGAAUGGCAUUAUACGGGUUCUCAAUGUAUCCUUUGAAAAACAGGUGUAUGUUCGAAUGACAUUGAACAACUGGCUCAGUUAUUAUGACAUCCUCGCAGAGUUCAUGCCUAAUUCUUGUGGUAGUGAAACGGAUCAGUUUUGUUUCAAGAUUUCUUUGGCGCCUCCUUUCCAGGAAGAUGGAAUUAAGGUGGAAUUCUGUAUACGCUAUGAGACAUCAGUUGGUACCUUCUGGGCAAACAAUGAUGACAAAAAUUACACACUGAUUUGUCACAAGAAAGAAACUGUGCCCAAGGUGGAUAAUAAACUCCAGAAAGAGGUUACAGAUAGGUGUCUUAAAGGCUGCUUAAAGACAACACAAAGCAGAAAAGAAGAAAUAUUGGCAACGUCUGAUCAUGGCACAUGGAAUAACUCAAGGACUUCAGACACAAACAUCCCAGAGAUUGUUUAUUCACAAGCAGAAGACAAAGACACCAAACUAGUUAAUGAAAAUACAAAAGAGAAAAAUGCAGAAAACAACCAGGGUGAUCACAAAGAUGAUGAAAAAGAAUUAGAGUUGCUGUUAAAUCCGCACUUCACAGGAGCUAGAGGUACCUCUUCCAGAGAUGAAAGGAAUUUAUACACAACAGAACCAAUUAAUUUUCUAAGUGAAACUGAAAGAUUGGUGAAAAAGCUAACCUGUAUAGAAAGAAGCAGUGACAUGCACCCUGUGUCUAUCAGUUUCUCAUCCAAAAACUCUUCACAUGCGAUUGAAGAAUUAGAAGAUAAAGCUAAGUAUUCUGUAAGAGAUUAUAAUAAUCAGCUACCAGGGAAGGAAGUCACUGCUGGCUCAGUAAACACCUAUGAGAGGUCUUUGGAACAUACUGGUACCAGUGAAAGCCUUUUAUUGGCAAAACAUUUUCCUCUGACAAAGGAGAAUGAGGCUAUCAAUAUUAUGGCUACUGGCUCAAGCCGACAAGGAGAGAGGCACACAGAUAUUUCAAAAGGCGAAAUAGAUAGUGCCUCAGGAAGUAAGAUGGUGGAGAGGUUAUUCAUCAAUGAGGAUGCUGCUGGUACCUCAAAAGAGGCCUGUGAAACGAGGCCAGAAACCAUUUUGCCUGAGCAUGAUGAAUCCGUGCAAUUAAGUGAAUGCAUAGCAAGGACACUGGAUGGCAAUGCUAAUCCAGCUCUGGAGCAUCAGGCACCACAAAUGUCUCACCAAACUUUGGAUUCAUUGUUGUCAGAUGCUGACAAAAAUGAAGGCGAAAUCAAGAUGAUUGAUAGCAAAGUUCAGGUCCAUUUAAGAGGAGAUUUAUAUGCCAGCAGUUUUGCACAUGCUGGUGUCUCAGCAGAUUCCACACAAAAGAAAGGAAUUGGUGAAACUUCAGAAAAGAACACUGAUUUAGGGAAGCAGAAGAAAGUCAUUGAAGUAGCAGACUUGGCAUCAAUUGGUGAGGAGGAAUCUUUCAAGUCACACAGGAAACACAAUGCCAAAGCCCUGAACCCAGCACCUCUGCUGGCUGAGAACAACAAGCAGGCACCCAGGGUCACCACGGUGGAUGAAAGACGACCUGAGGACACUCAGGAACGCAGAGGAUUCAGAAGGUUAAAAGAGGGAGAGAAGCCAGACAACACAAAUAAAGGGAGACCAGUCGGAAGGGAAAGCGAAGCAAACUUCGUAGAGCAGAGGUGGCAAGAAAUGGGAAGUGAGGUUCGGUGGAGGGUGAGGGGGAGCAUGGAACCUCAGACCGUGACUUCCACAAAGGAGUUGUUUACCUGCCAGGAGGCAGAGAGCUGUGAAAAUUCUUCUGUCUCUGAGCAGGGUAUUACAGAGAAAACAGAGGCAGGUACAGCUUAUACAAUUAAAACAACAUCAGAAAGUGCUCCAGAAAAAAUGCCUGGCAGUGAAAAAGCAGUAAUUGCUAAGCUACCUCGAGAGACUGCACUAAGUGACAGGCCCACAGAGGAAAAGGAAACAGCAUUUGAUACACGUGAAGGGAGAAAUGAUGGUUCACAUAAUGCUCUUUGUCAACUCAACACAGUGGGUGUAUUAUAUGACACUGAAUUUGAAAAGCAAUCAGUUUUAGGUAUUUAUAAUGCAUGCGUACAUGAAACAGUGCAAGGAGAAACGAAGUCUGGAUGCAACAGCAGGGAAAAAUGUGCCAAAGCACAACCAGACAACGUUGUUCCUGUAGGAGAAGCAGUAAAGGCUUCUGCUAUCGGAAAGAAAGAUUUGCAGGAGGGUUUAUGUUCAGAAGUACCUAAAAGUCCCCUGAGCACUCAGAAGCAUCUAUACCGUGAGAAAGCAGAAGAGCUUUACAGGGAAGAAAGCCGUGGUGACACACUUUCCUGUUUAUGUUCUAAAGCUGAAACAAAAAUGCCACCUUCUGGUACGAAUACUGUGCCUAGUUACAAUUAUAAAAGCUCUUCAGUGGCAUUUUCAGAAGGGUCCACUGUGGAAGGAGGCAUGGAUCACCUGUAUCGAUAUUUUGAAUCCAAAGUCAUUGACAAGGUUGCUGCUGAGUCAGGGUACACUUUAAAUCUAACAAAUGAAAUUACAUGUAUUAACAAAAGCUUCUCUCCUGAAGCUGAAAAAGGAGAGAUACCUUCUGCUUCAGACACAGUAAUUUCUGGAGAAAGAAGAGGAAGGAAUACAGGUCAAGCAGAGCUCCAGCAAGAGAAGUCAUGGAGGCCAGAGGUUUUAAUUAAUAAAUCUACCAAAGAAAAUGUAGGAACACACUCUCAAGCUGACCAUUUAAUAACUGAAAGGAAAACACUAAAGUGGCUUGAUGACUCACAGAAAGAAAGCCAACACGCUCCUGAUUCUGCAGAUAUUUCUAACCAGAAGAGUGAAGCACUUAAGUUACCUAGUGAGUCUCCAGGUUUAAAACAUAUUGCUUUCAAAAUAUUUUAUUUCUUCUUGUUUCUUCUAUUUGCUGCAACACUCUACCACUAUGAUUUGAUGGUCUGCCUUGCACUCUACCUGUUCUCCUUGUAUUGGUUAUACCACGAAGGAAGACAAAACAAGGAGUCUAUCAAGAAGGAAUAACAUUGACUGUCAGCUGUGCUCAGGAUCCAUGGUCAAUAAUCUCCAAUUCCACCGAAGCAUUUUCACAAUUAAAGAGUUUAUUCUUGGUUAGAACCAAAGCAAGAUUUCCACAGCAGCAUCUUUUAUUAAAAGAUUACAUAUGAAGUUGAGCCUUCAUAUGAGUAAUUAAACUAUGCAGGACCAUUAUGUUUGGAUCAUUAAAUACCUAUAUGAAUAUGAGUUCUGAAGCACAUCAAGUUAAAAUGAAGUACAGCUGUUGCUUCUUAGCAGGAUAUGAAGAAGCAAUGCUUUAUGUCUCUGUAAUACUUAAACCCACCAUUUACUUGCUUUAAUAUCUUUUGCAUUAAAGCUUCAUAUUUUUCUGGGAAUUUUUUUCCUAAUAUUCUGUGUGGUACAUAACAACAGAAGGAACAGUAUUAAACCCAAGUCAGUAUUCUGGUGCUGACAUUGCAGUUGACACUCUGCUAGUGUAAUUAGCCAAUGCCAUAAGCAAUGCAUCUGUUGACAGUUUAAUAUAUUUUUCCAAAUUUUUAUUUCAAUAUUUUGAUGUAGAAUUUCAGCGGUACCCCUGUUUGAAAGACGUAAGGCUUUGACUUCAGUAACAUCAUAUAACUUCCAGGCUGUAACUGUGUAGCAGAACAGAUGUGCUGUUUCCACCCUGUAAAGAGUGAAGGUGACAGCCACAGGCCUCUUGCUGAUCACUCACAUGCACGGAAGCUUUUGGGCUUUGCAAAUGAGAAUUGUGUGACAUGUCUGAGAAUUGCACUGAACUGUUAUUCUGAGCAAAGAAUUUGGGUGACAUUUUUCAUCAGAAUUGCUUGAGCAUAUCUACAAAGCAUUAAAUAAAUUUUACAAAGGAAUGCUAUAAUUCUGUGGAGCAUGUCUAAAUUAGAUUUACUGCUUUUUUUCCUAUGGCUUGCAACCUAGAGCUAAUCAAACACCAAGAGAAAACACUGGGAACGAUCCUGUUGUUCAGUGAGGCUGCUUUGUCUGGUUUGGGCGAGGCAGAAAAGACUAGUAUACACCCUAAGGAGAGCAAACUGAUCCCUUGCAGCAGUUCUGUGGGCCAGAAACAUGGGCAGCUUUGCUGCUCCAACACUGCAGUGUCCCACACAAGAUCAAGCCCAAAUUUUAUCCAGAAGGAAAAGAAUGGACAGGUUAUGAUAUUCUUCAGCCAUUUCCCAGAGGAUGGUCGCAGAUGCUACCACAGGCAGUAUGUUAAAAGAAGCACCAAGACUGCAUAAUGUUGCUGAAGCCACAGAAAUUAAGAAAAAAGAGUUGUUUUAAAGCUCUGUUUGCUUCACUUUCCCUACUACCACUGUGAAAUACUAUAACUGUGAAAGUCUUGGUUGCAAUAUAUGGCUGAAGUUAUGCAAUAGCAAAAUUAUUUAGUCGUUAGCUUAGCUCUGAAAUAAAUGUUCUGAAGUCCUUGUAAAACUUAUUCACAUGUUUCAGGAUGAUAGGACACUGCCACAGGAGGCACCUUGGCAUUCCUGCUCUGCAGGGGGGGUGAAACCUUGAAAUUUCAUUUAGUAGUGCAUUCAGUGGGGUGAGCAAGUAUGUGUGUGAUCUAUUGCUGAUAUGUGUCUUGAUGACUGGAUACCUUGACAACUUUUGACAGCAAUUCAUGAAUGAGUUAUAGCAAUGGACUAGAGGCAUUAAGGAGCUACAUGGAAGGAUGCAUCCAGAUGUUCAAAGGUAUAUGAGGAAAAUAUUCAUUGAGAUAAAGAAAUUAAUUCAAUAGGCAUUAGGAGAUGAAUCCAAUAAAAAGCUUAGGCUUAGACUUAAAGCAGGAUUGAAGUUAAAUCAGUGUAAGUCCAAAGUAAUGAUGGCAGACCUUCCUUUAUCUGGAGACAACAAAUGCUGAAAGAACCUACCCUUUUCAUUAUGUUUAUAUGUACUUCUACAAAAGCACAACAUUGCCUUACUUCUGGUAGCUCACUUCCUGCAGAGUGACAAGUCCCUGGUCUAAGUGGAUCAGAUUUUCAGAUCUCUGGGACAGAGACAUCAGAUACUGCUUUACUUUCCAGGAGUAUGGUGGAAGCUCUGAAAUAACAUCUAAUAUAUCCUGGCAGAGUCAAGGUCCUCAGAUAGAGGGAUAAAAAGUAAAGAAAGCAUCCUGCACCUGUCCUGCUGAAAGUGACACAAUGCAGUCAAGUACCAUUGGACACAUUUCAAUCUUCCAGGUAAAACAACCAUGGCAGAAAUUAAAAUCUUUAGAUUCAGUUAGCAGUUAAAAGCACCUACAAUCUAAUUUACCACAUAGCUCUUUAAAAUAAAAUUCAUACUUCAGAGCAAGGACCAAAGCCCAGGUUCCUGACCAGUUAGGUAAAAGCUCUACACACUAAGUGACAGGAUUCAAACCCAUGUUUGAAUAUCUUCAGCUUUACCAAAUCUGGGCAUUUCAUCCAGCAGCAUGUACUUUAACCAUUGGAGGAGUAUUAUUAUGAGGAGGACUGUGGUCACCAGGGUUUGGCAGCACUGCUAUACAUAGGUGGGUUCCUACAUUCUCAACUGACUUAAACUGAAAAUGGUUCUCUGCACAGAACAAUAGAUACUUUUUUUUUUUUUUUUUUCCAUUUGAGGCUAGAGACUCAUUUGAUACUCCCAUCACAGAUGAGUUUUCUUUUCCCAGAACUUGUAAUGUCCAUUUUUAUAGAGGUGUUAAUCUGACACAGUCUAAAUCCCUAAGCAUCUGAGACAGCUAAAGAAUUUAAAUACCUUGGGCACAUGCCUUAUUUUAAGCAGAGAUGAACAGUUCAGUCACCAUGGAAGUAGAAAAACCUGGUUGUGUUUUUUUAUUGAAUCUCGGGAAUUCUAAGCAGUGUGCAUUUUAGGGAUCCUUUUGCUCUUUCACAAGGAAGCACAGACAUCAUUGAACCAUGGUAGAACCAUACAUUUGUGUGGUAGUUGUCUGUAUGUAAUCUGCAAGGUGAAAAUUUUGUUUCUAAUGCAUUUCAACCAAAAUAUUUGGUUCAUUGUCAAAGGCUCAGCUCGGCUGAUUAAAGAGCAUGAAAAGGGGUUAGGGAUGAUUGAUGGGCCCAGGACCAUGGGUGGAGGAAAGACAAUUAAUUGAAUCAGUCUCUGGAAAAUGACAGAAAAAUGUUACAGAGAGCUCAGGAGAGUCACUAUUAAAUA